GAGCGCUUCGCCUGGCGCAGAGUGCGCGCGGAAUUCAGCCCUUCCGGACACCACGGCGCGCGACUCGAGCGAGCGCAUCGGCGGCCGGCUGAGCGCCGCACGGACACUUGCGUCUGUCUGUCGUUCAUAUCAAUUCUCACUGUCCUGCCUGAUCCACCUCUGCCACUGUUAGAAAUUCAUAAAGGAAGAUGGUGUGUAUGGAAAGCUGAUGUGAGGAUCUGAACCUCUGUUUCCAGGGUGAUGAGCGGUGUGCUUUAAUUGAAUAUUAUGGGCUGCAUUUGCUGUAAGCAGAGGAAGGCCAGUAAAGCUGUGUCAAAUUCCAACUCGUGUGACACAGGCUUUGGGACCCAGGCAUCAGAACCCUCCCGUUACAUCGUCGAUCCCACUUUUAGCACUGGGUUGAUCCCAAACUUUAAUGAUUUUCCAAACUCUGUUCCCUCAUCCACUCUCAACCCGUCCCGCCCAGCCCUCAUCACAGGGGGUGGUGUAACGCUCUUUAUAGCCCUUUAUGACUAUGAUGCCCGUACAGAGGAUGACCUGAGCUUCCAGAAAGGAGAAAAGUUCCAUAUUAUCAACAAUACCGAGGGUGACUGGUGGGAGGCUCGUUCUCUGGACACAGGGAAGUCUGGGUACAUUCCUAGUAACUAUGUGGCCCCUGUGGACUCCAUACAAGCUGAGGAGUGGUAUUUUGGGAAGAUGGGCCGGAAGGAUGCAGAACGACAGUUGUUAGCGGAGAACAAUCCUAGAGGGACAUUCUUAAUACGAGAGAGCGAGACAACAAUAGGAGCAUACUCGUUGUCUAUCAGAGACUGGGAUGAUGCAAAGGGCGAUCAUGUCAAGCACUAUAAAAUUAGGAAGCUGGACAAUGGUGGUUAUUACAUCACAACAAGGACACAGUUUGAUACUGUCCAGGAGCUGGUGGUGCAUUAUACAGAGCGUGCAGCAGGGCUGUGCUGCCGUUUGAUUGGCAGCUGUAGGCGGGGCAUGCCUAAGCUGGCUGACCUGUCAGUGAAGACUAAGGAUGUCUGGGAGAUUCCCAGGGAGUCACUUCAGCUCAUUAAAAAACUGGGCAAUGGGCAGUUUGGUGAAGUGUGGAUGGGCAUGUGGAAUGGCACAACUAAAGUUGCAGUGAAGACCCUGAAGCCAGGUACCAUGUCUCCAGAGGCCUUCCUGGAUGAGGCCCAGAUCAUGAAGAGGCUCCGUCAUGAUAAACUGGUACAGCUGUAUGCCGUGGUGUCUGAGGAGCCCAUCUACAUCAUCACUGAGUUCAUGACUCAAGGAAGCUUGUUGGACUUCUUGAAAGAUGGAGAUGGCAGAAACCUAAAAUUGCCUCAACUUGUGGAUAUGGCAGCCCAGAUUGCUGCAGGCAUGGCCUAUAUUGAACGGAUGAACUACAUCCACAGAGACCUGCGAGCUGCCAAUAUCCUGGUCGGAGACGGUCUGGUCUGUAAGAUUGCAGACUUUGGGCUGGCCAGACUCAUUGAGGACAAUGAGUACACAGCUAGACAAGGAGCAAAGUUUCCGAUAAAGUGGACUGCCCCAGAGGCUGCUCUUUAUGGUAAAUUUACCAUCAAAUCUGAUGUGUGGUCUUUUGGGAUCCUGUUGACUGAGCUCAUCACCAAGGGCCGAGUGCCUUACCCAGGGAUGAACAACAGAGAGGUUCUGGAGCAGGUGGAGCGUGGAUAUCGAAUGCCGGUUCCGCAGGGCUGUCCAGCAUCCCUGCAUGAGUUGAUGCUGCAGUGCUGGCGGAAGGAUCCUGACGAGAGGCACACCUUUGAGUACCUCCAGGGCUUCCUGGAGGACUACUUUACUGCUACUGAACCCCAAUACCAGCCUGGAGAAAACCUGUGAUAGAUGCAUAUACACUUAAGGGCAUUAGCUCAAUAUAUCCUUCAGGAAAGAUGCAAUUGCCUUCACUUUCUAUCACAAUACCUUCAUAAACUGAUGGCCCUGCCAUCACAAGCUCCAAAUGAGCAUGCUUUAGUGCAAUUCCUCAUUCUGUGCUUUAACUUGAGAGCUUCAAACUAAAAAAAACUUUCCAAGAUACUGCUCUCAAACUGCAAGAUUGGGUCACUUAAGUCUGAACUAAUCCAGUGAUCAAUGUUAAUAUUGGUUCUUUUAACUUAAAAUACAACAGCACAUAUUAAUUCAGCAUAUUAAUACUUCAUCUCUCCGUUGAGCAGUAGCAAUUAGUUACCUGUUCGAUCAUAUUCAUAUAUCCACCACUGUAUUUGUAUGUUCUGUCACUUGUAGACUAUUCAAGUCAUUUCUAAUGGGUGUCUAAUGAAGUUAUUCUAGCAAAGAGAACAUUUUGCUCUGAUAUACAGGUGGAACAGAAAAUCUCUACAAGACAUUCAACAAUGACCUGGAUAACUGAGAUUUUUUCUUUUAAGUUGUUGUAUGUUUUCUGAUUAAUGUGAUAUACAGGCCGAAACUCCAAUCACAGAGAAAGCUCAUCCAGCUCAAAAGCAAGGCUACACGAACCCUUUUUUAACAUGUGAUUCAGCUUCUGAAUGUGUAUAUUUGAAUGUAACAAUUCAGUAUUUCUUUUUUUUGUCUGGCAAAAGUAAAUUGAAUGCCAAAAAUGAAGUCUUGAAAUAUCAGUGUAUGCAUCUCAAUGCACAGCUGCACAGGAUGUGCCUUUAAAUGUGUUUAUCGUCUUACAUUUGUUUCUCUAGGCCCUGUUCUCUUAGCUAGUCGUGUUAUUAUUUUACAAUAAUACUUUUUUGUUUAACUUUUAAGUUUUACUUUGAAGCUAACAAUCUUGUAUUAUCAUAUUGGAGAGAAAUGAUGUUGUAUAAUAGUGGGCUUUAUUGUGGUUUUAAAGACAGGGUAUUGACAUUCAGAAAAGAAAAUCAUUCAGAGCUGUCUUUUAAAAUGAGAAGAAAAACUUUUUUUUAUUAUGAUUAUUAUUUUGAUUCAUGCAUUUUACACUGUAUUUUACAUUUGACAUUAUAUCUCAAUGAUUUGGAUUAUAAUUUAAAUCUGUAUCUUUAUUCAGGGCUAGUGAUAUUCUACAGGGAUAGACUGUAACGCUGAACUGAAGAAUGUGUAUUACAGUUAUGUAAUGUUUGUGCCAUUUUAUUAUACUGAGCUUACUGAACUGAA